CGGUGCUACUAAAAUUCCCCCUUCCUAGUUGCAUAUUUAUAAAAUGUUUUACAUAAUAUGUUGAAUUGAGCUAGGGUUAAAAGGAACUUGUCAUUGUUGGUAUUGUUAUAGGCCUAGUACAAAUAAAAUAACACAAUAUUGUCAAAAUCUAUAUUCAAGCAGUUUUUAAGUCAUACAAUGCCAUUGCACAUGAUAAGCUUCUUCACACCAAUUCAAUUUUAUUUUUCUUACAUGUUCAAUCCAUGAUAAUUACAUUUUACAUGUAUAUUGUUGGAUUAAUACACGAAAUUAUUAUAUCUUAGGCCUACAUCUAAAAUUUUAUAACGAUUACAAAAUACAGGGUUAUAAGAAUAUCUUGUCAUUUUCAUUAACGAACCGUUCGUGCCAUGAUAUAGUACGCUCAUUCACUGAUAGAAUUUGAAUCCAUCUAAUGAACGUUACGGCUGUUGCAGCGAUGGGGUUUGAUCGCCAGCUAACAAAAUGUGUCGGAGAUAUCGCCGUUUGUAAUUUUGUGUUAUAUUAACUGUAUUAUUUUAGUUAUAGUCUGUCAAUGAAGCCAUAUAUUGAUAGUAAUUAUUAGCUUGGUUAUAUAAAAUAAUUUACAUUAAUGUAAUGUAAUGCGGUGAUGUUAAUGAAUUAAAUUUAAAAAGUGCUUUGGCGCAAGCAACUUACAAGACAGUAGAAAGGACUCAAUCGGAUUUGGUCACUUCGUGGAAAAUAUAAAUCAAAUUGGAAUCAAGCCUUUUUCGGAGUCUUGUAAGUAACGGAGUAUAGCAGUAGCCUGCAUUUCCGCAAUCUUUUAAACAGACAGUGAAUUGAAAAUACUGAAUAACAUAUGUGGAGUACUGCACAAUUAGGUGCUAAAUUCGAUGUACCGACCCAUGACUUUUAAUAAAGCCGUCUUUAUGUAUACAUUGACAGGCCAUAAUUCACAGACAAUGCAUUUUAUUUAGUCUAUAUUUAUAUUUUCCUGGUAGUUCCUGAUGUAUACUACAAGCCCUAAAUAUAUACUGUGUUGUGAUGCUGAAAGUUAACCUAAGUGUAGGCCUAAUUCCAAGGAAACGAUGCGGUGAAUUACUCAUACUUGUCUGCAUGGACUUAUGUAUGCCAGGCCUAGCUGUAAAAGCUUACUCGCUGGUUCUACCAUGGCUGUGGCAGUCAAUAUUUCAACUACACCCGAAGCACAGGACUUACUCCACGACCAAACAUGGCUGAUAACUAUGCGAUUCGUGGUCGUGGGUUUUGGAAUUUUGCUCAACAGUGUUGUCACUGGAGUGUUCAUGUACACACGAAUGUACAGAAAGUCAUUGCUACACGGAUUAAUCGUCCAACAAUCGUUCGUAGAUUUCUUCGGUUGCUGUUUGUUCCUUAUAUUCUAUAAUCAGGACGCACCGAGUGGAAACUGGGGAACAACUUUUUGUAAAGCCCGUAGUCUCUUCUGGUUUGCUUCAUCAACGUCCACGUACAAUCUUCUGAUGAUAACCGUCGAACGAUUCAUUGCAGUUGUGCAUCCAAUCACUUAUAGAAAAAGAAGCAUUGGAAAAAGGCCUCGACUGUUUUACAUCAUACCAUAUAUUAUCGGUUUCUUGAUUUCCUUUCAUUUCGCGAUUAUCGCCGAUAUCAACGAAGAUCUAAUCGGAGAGUGUGUGUAUACGGGCAGUCGUGCGAUCAGUCUUUUUUCAGGACUUUGUGUUUAUGUGAUAUUUUUUUUCGUCCCUGCAUGCUUUAUGGCUUACUGCUACGGUCGGAUAUUCUUGGUGUUUCGUAAAAGAGCAAAAGAACAGCAACAUAAAGACAAAGCAAAUAGACGACUAUCGUCAUAUCACGUAUCCACGCAAAGAAACCUGGUGUACACGAUGUUUUUUGUUGUUAUUGGAUUCAUUUUUACUACUUCUCCUAAUUUCACAAUGUACCUGGUGUAUAAUAUUUGCAGGUGUUUCGAAUUCAGCACAAUUGUUGCACACGAGAUUACGGUACUCAUCUACACAUGUAAUAUGUGUAUCAACCCAAUCAUUUACGGAGCGAAGAUGAAUGAUUUCCGCAGCGGGUUAAGGGAAAUUUGGCGUAGAAGCGCGAUUCGGGCAGGUCAUGAUGCUGCCGAGGAAUGGACAUCCACGCGUCAUUCCAUGACUCUAACUAAAAUUGAUACUGAAAAAUUAAAAACAUUAUUCCAUUAAAAUGGAAAAAUAUAAUAACAAUAGUAAUACACUAUUAAUAAUAUUUUAAUAGUAAUUGUUAUUGUCGUGAUGGAAUAGACAAUAACUAGAUUUGCGUCAGGAGAAUCAAUUAUAGGUGUAAUUGUGCUCAACCUGUUGUGUGGAAAUGUACUAUACACAGUACGUGCGAAAACACUUGCCGAAAAGUUGUUCUCGGGUGGGACUCAAACCAUGGGACACAAUUACCAUUCAUAUUAGCAGUACUCGCUGUUUACUUGGACUCGAAUUCAAACCUGGUCAUCAGGCUCAAGCUUGGUGGUAUAGAGGUAUGAUGCCAGGCUAGUUAUCAGGAGAUCGUGGGUUAGAGCAACUUUCGAAUUUUUUUCGUGUUUUCACACGUACUGAGUACUCAGUCCAUUUUCCACAGGUUGGGCAAAAUUACACCUAUACUUAAUAUUGUCUGCAUGGACUUAAGUAUGCCAGGCCUAGCUGUAAGAGCUUACUCGCUGGUAAUGUGAAUAGCCUAGUCUAGACUAUCGUUUUUGGAGUACAAACAUUUAAUCUACUUCACCUGGCUUAGUUUAUUUUUUUCUGUAAAGCUAUAGGAUGUCUGAUGACAAUAAUAAUAAUUAUUAUUCUAAUAUUAUAUUAUUUCAAAAGAACUACAAAAUACAAUAAUACAAUACUUUUACUUGUAAAGUAUUAUUAUUAUUAUUGCAGUAUUUAAUUUUGCUUUGUGAAAUAAGUGUCCAUCACUAUUGUCAUUUUUUUAUUUUGUCAAUAUUAAUAUUUUGGUGCAACAAUUCUUAUACGAAAAAGUAUCUAAAAAGAGCCCGUCUUGUCAUUUCGCAUUGAUUUCAUGUGCGCGAUUGAGUCGAAUAUAUAU